GCGACUUUCGUCAAAACAGAAAGAAGUGGGGACGGCUACUUUGAUGAAAUUACAGCCCCAAUAUAACAUUAAAGUGGCACAGAUCAAGUCCAGAAUAGAGAACAGGUCUGGAUGGCUGGGCAGUCAAGGUCACGGUCGUCAUGGUGAAAUAUGUUCCGAAAGGUCAAAAAGCGUCACAGCAGCAGCAGCUCUCAAAGCAGCGAGAUCAGCACCAAGAGCAAGUCUGUGGAUUCCAGCUUGGGAGGUCUUUCUCGGUCCAGCACAGUUGCCAGUCUCGACACUGACUCUACCAAGAGCUCAGCAGGUAACAGUGCCACAGAGACCUGUGCAGAUUUCCGAGUCAAGUAUGUGGGAGCGAUCGAGAAACUGCACUUUGACAUGAGCAAAACUCUGCAGGAGCCUCUGGACCUCAUCAAUUACAUUGAUGCUACACAGCAAGACGGAAAGCUGCCUUUUGUGCCUGGAGAUGAGGAGAUGAUCCUGGGUGUGUCCAAGUAUGGAGUCAAGGUGGCAUCGCUGGAUCAGUGUGACGUGCUGCACCGGCACCCCCUCUACCUGAUCGUGCGGAUGCUCUGCUACGAUGACGGCCUGGGAGCCGGCAAGAAUCUGCUGGUGCUGGAGACCACAGACGCCAAGCAACAGGAGUGCACCAUCUGGGUCUACCAGUGCAGCUGCGCCGAACAUGCACAGGCCAUCUGCAAGGUGCUGUCGGCCUCCUUCGAUGGUGUCCUGACCUCUGAGAAGUCCUGAGGGGCAGUCUACUGCAGGAUGUUUGUGUACGUGCUCCGCGACCUUCGACCCUUGAACUUUGAACCUCUGUGGAAACAAGCCAGCUGGCAUGAAGGAGCCCUGGCCCAGAAUGUUUACUAUGUUACGAAAGUCGACCCCCACCCCUCCCCCCGGUUCCUUCUCCUCCAGUUACGAUCAUUUACCUUUGCAUGCUGUGAUCCAAUGCUGCCUGAUCUCCAGUAUCAGACAUUGGGCUUCCUGUUUGUUUGUUGUUAUUUUUUUAAUGUCUGUAACAUAACUUAAUCUAUUUAAUGUACAUACACCUACACCUCAUGUAGUGCGAUUCUCAUCCAAGACAAAGAAAGGGGGCUAUAGCCACAUUACCAUUGGUGGAAUUGGCAUUCCUAGGUGGUACGAACGUCAUUGCAGUGUCGCCAGUAAGGCGAAGCACAUGUUAGCACAAAUGCUGUAACCCACCUCCCUCUACCAUGGUGGACAAUCACUCCACCCAGUCUCACCCCUUCUGUGCAUUCCAGUAUGCGCACUCCCAUCCUCCACUUGUGCUUGUGGCCUCGCCCUGCCUCUUGUUCCCGCCUCCUUGGAGAAAACAAUUAAGUUUCCCCGCUGUCAGCCUAGUCACAACAACUUAUGGGGGACUGUUUUUUAUUCACCAUCCGGAUUGCAAAUGGGAAAAUGACAUUAGAAUUGUGCUUUCGCAAGAUAUUGAAAUAAUUUUACGUCAUCUGUGACAUAAUUUUGAGCUCACAAGCAGGCAAGUGAGCAAGGGAGGACGGGAGUCCGCAUAUUGGAAUGCACCACUUGGCUGCAUAUUAUCUCCCCAAAAACACACCCUUUCCUCUGUCCGCCGAACCUGUGUCUCACCGCUGACCUGGGUCAAGUCAGGUUUAUACUGAAUUCUGAAAACUCAUUCAACAGUCAAAAUACAUGUGAUAUCUUAAUAUACUGUACAUAUUGUUAAAUGAAACCUUUAUAUUGGACAUUCAUUUAACCAUAUGUUUUUCCCCCCAGAUAUUACAUGUGUAAUUUGGCUGCUAAAUGAAUGAACUGACUUAACCCAUAUCAACAACAAGGCACAAUGUCAGAGGUCAGGGAAAAGGGCACAGUUUUGGGGAAAUAAUAUGCACCUUAAGUGUUGUAACCCCAUGUCUCUUCCCCCACCCCAUGUUGUGUGAGCCAGUUUUUUUGGGACUGGAUCAGUGUUACGGUACAAGAAUAAUAAAAAGCAAUGGGAUUUUAAA